AUGAGUGAAUGUCUCCUUAUGUGUAUAGACCGCAUAACAGUAGACACCAUAUAUGAAGAGUUUUUGAACCAGGCGAAACCCCAAAAUACUGACGCUAAGAUGGUGAAUAGGCAAAAUGGCUUCUUCGCCAAGCUGACAGGCCUGACAUCGAGUGUGUUCAAUUUAAGCUUGGAGAAUAUUCACGAGGCCGUGGAUGAAAAUUUAAGUACCCUGGAAAGAGCUGUACUGUACGGAAACAGCAGCAAGAAAUGCCGGAAGAUAAUUUUUAUUAAAGAAUUAGUGAAGUCGCUAAAUAGCAUAGACUAUGAGGAUUUUAAGAAGGUGAUUUAUCCUUUGCUUGUAAAACUAAGCAACGACAAAGAAGAAAUACAAUAUGAGUUGUGUUGUCAGAUGGGUGAUCUGUGUGCAUACCUGCUGCAGAGUAACAAUGAGCCUGAUGGGUGUGGAGAUAUCAUUAAGUUUCUCUUUCCCAUCCUUGAACGGAUCAUUAGAAAUGGGCAAGGCGGGAGUGUUGACGGCGCAGAUGUUCUCGCCAACGCGAUGAAGGCGCUACUUAUCCUAGCGACACACAUCAAGGCCAAGUACCGAAGGAACAUAAUUUUCCCCUUCAUACUAUCACUGACCGGGAGUGAAAAAUUCAAGAAUCUGGGAUUUGUUCUGUUAAUUAAAAUUUGCCAUAUAUUUGAGAGAGAAAUGGUGUCGAGGCAUUUGUUCCCUUGUAUAGAAUCCUUCGUUUGGGGAAAAGAUGAAGAGAGCAAAUUGUUCCUCUCCUGUUACCUGCAUAAUAUAUGUAAAAUUGCAAACGAAGAAGAGUUGAUAAUAAUAUUUGUUAUGCUCAAAUCGCUAUGUAAUGAUUCUAAUGACGUUAUUAAAAUAAUUAGCAUGUACAACUGUGUGCAUUUGUCGUGUCUUUAUUCAAAGAGUCUCUUUCUUCAUUUUUUCGUUCCUCUCUUUAAUCAUUUUCUGAAGCAUACAAACUUAUAUAUUUUUUAUUAUGCGUUGAUAAAUAUUCUUUUCUUUGUUUGUCUUUUUGAGGACAUGGAUCUUAUUCAUCCUUUUUACAUUCAUAAGAUAAUUUUUUUUUUCAAUAAUGUUUUUUCUUCACAUUUGUUUACGUUGAAUUAUUUGAACGACACCGCCAAGCGCCAGAGCACCUACGCUUUGGUGGGCGGCGUCCCCCGGGGGGCCGAAGCGCUAUCCUCCCCAGUGGGAGAAGCGCCAUCGGCUUCAGUUGGAGAAGCACCAUCGGCUGCAGUUGGAGAAGCGCCAUCGGUUGCAGUGGGCGAAGCACGCAAAACAGAGGAACAACACCCAGUGGCUGAGGCAAACAUUUUGAGUAACCCAAAGGCGGACAUGCCAAAUGGUAUUACUCCUUCGGAAGAGGAACGACCCAGUAUCGACUCAAGUGAAAUGUCACAAGGUCAGAGUAGCCAAGACAACUUGGGGAGAAGCGACACACCAUACGUCUCAUCAAAAGAUAAAUCGGAUGUAUGCGAAAGGGAUCAUGAGGGGAAGCGAGAAGUUCACGAAGAGGUAACACGCAAGAUGAACAACGCAAGUGAUGAGCAAAACGACGUUAGCCAACCAGUCAAUAUAGCGGAGUUGAAGGGGCAAGUGGAAGCCAAGCAAAUGGGGGGAAGCAGAUACUAUUCAACAUCGGACAAUCAUGUGAAGGAAGAUUAUUCUGAUGGAGUUGCACAGGAUAAGACAUUGGGAGGUGUCAACAGAGGAGAAGAAGUAACCGAAGCUGUACAGAGCGGCUUCUCUUUUUCCCCCUCGUCGUCUUCCUUGCUGGAGUCGUCCAAUGCAACAUCACUCCUUACGUCUGCGCUUCCAUCCUCGUCCACGUGCUCUCUCGUCACUCCAGGAUCAACUUCCAUUUUUGUUAAUAAUGGUUUCAUUAACGACCUCAUAAUUAGCAACAAUCAUUCUUCGGUGAGCGUGCGCCAGUUUUUUCAAGUACACGGUGGAGAAGCUGGGGGAGGGAAGGAGGAGGUUAAAGGUAAGGAAUCUCCUCUACAAGAGCAGCGGUGCACACAGGAGAGAGAAGGUCACGAUGCAGACGAAGAAGAAGCCAAGAAGGUGAGCGUACCCUUAGGGGGAGAAGAACAUACAGGAGAAGACAAAGGAGAAGAAAAGAAAAAGGGGGACGACCCUACAUAUGAGGGAAAAUAUAACGAUGAACUGCUUAACCUCACCUAUAAUGAUAUCACCUACAUAGACGGCAUAUAUAAUCAUGACAAGACGAUUGACAUAAAUCAAAUUAAAGGAUGGUACUUCAGUGAGGUUGAUCUAAUAAAGGGGAACAUGGCAUACGGAGCAACGUUUCUUCGGAAGGGGGGUAAAAUGGAUGUGCAAAGAGAGCGGCGCCCACGUAAAAUACAUUUAAACCAGAAGGAAAAUGACAUUUAUAAUAUUGAAGCGGUGAAUGUAGAGGCUAUUAAGAAGAAGUUUUUAUUUGACACUCCAAGCAACAUCAUCGUGUCGCAUAACAUAAACGCAGUGUAUAUCAGUGCCCUGCAUAUGCCCACACUGAUCCUAGUGCUGAAGGAAUAUUUUUUCAGAUUUUUUUCUCACGUUUUUUUUUUUCUCUGUACCUAUCCCUACUACAUAAUUCGGAAGACCAUGGCGUCUUUGUUUUAUGAGAUUUUGGUUAACUUUUUGGAGCCAGCAGAUUUGCUACAAAUGAGUGUUGGUGAGUUAAAUGAGGAAGAGGACAUGAUGAUCAAAUUUAGGCAGAGCGAAAAGGAUAUACUUUUGAAGAGGAAGAAUGAUGUAUUUACUUAUCCUCACCUGUCCAAAACGGAUUCUACAAAACAAAGAAGUGGUACGAAUUAUUCCACUAGAAAAAAUUUUCCUCAAAUCACACAGACGUUCAAUGUAGACUACGCUACCUACUGCAAUAUGAAACGCAUACAGAGCAUGCAAUCGGUUACGAGUGAUGAGAAGGUAAGUAAUUUGGACAACAGUAGUUCGUCUGGACGUGAAGUGGAUGAGAGUACGCCACCCACUGCAAACGAACCUACCGAGAAGCAGAAAGAGGAAGAGGUUAAUUAUUCAAAGUGUGGGUAUUCCGAGGGGGAGAUCCAUGAACAGGUGGUUAAGGAAAUGGGUGAAGAUGUGGGAAGGAAAAUGGACAAAGGGUCGGAGGGAGGUUUGCUCGAGAGGAGCAAUAUAAUAAAAAGAUUGCAAAGCGAAAUUAAUGCCAACCUACAGGAAAAUGAUUUUUUUAGAAAUGAAGAAAAUGAAAAUUUUUUUUUUUACAAAAAAUUUCUACACAAAUAUGAAGCUGUAUAUGCGAAAUACAUUCAAAGGUUUAGAAAAUAUUACAGUGAAGAUUCUUUCCUUUUUUUUUUUCAUUUUUUCAUUUGUUACUUUUUGAGGGAUUCAAAUGUGCUGGUUAAGAAGGCCAUUCUUAAGAGGUACGACAAAAUGAUUUUGCUUUUCCCGAGACCAGUACAAAACGUCCUCAUGUCGUACCUGUCACACGUGCUGGAUUGCAAGACGCUGGAUUAUUCCCUGCGAAAGAGGGUGUCUAAGGUGGUUUUCCGGAUGCUGUCCUGCGCGGAGGAUGCGGAGGUCGUCCGUACGUUCCUCUUCCCCCUAUUCCUCAGACUGUGCAAGGACGACGUCGCCACCAUUCGCACUUACACGGCUAGCUACUUUUAUCUAUUCCUGGAAAAGGGGUGCCCCCAAAUAUAUAACUUUUUCAAGGGGGGCGGUGAAAUAUUACCCAUAGAAGAGUAUAAGAAAGAUAGGAUAAUGACGAAUGGAGAAAAGUUCAAAUUGAGGAGUCGGUACUUCACAAGCGGGACAGAAAUUGCCCUCGUCAAAACAGUGUUAAUGAUGUUUUCAAGGAGUUGCCGUUUCUGUGACCGUCAGAUUUUUAUAAAGAUGUGCGACGGGAUAAUCAACGAAUGCCCAGAGAACCUCUUCCUGCUUUACUUCCUCAAACCAUUUGUAAAUUUGUCCGUCGACAAAAUUAAAGUUGUUAGGACCACAUGGGAUAAGUGUGUAAUUUCACAGCUUAAGAAAAAGGGACACUUCCUCAAUGCCAUAAAUAUUUGGGCCCAACAAAAAGAAAUGCAUGCAGAGCAGGGCACGACGACAACAGAUACAGAAAAUUUUCCCAUGCCAAACAAGAAGGAUAGCGAUAAUGAUAAUGCGCUAGACAAAACGUUUGACGUUCACGACUUGAAUGAUUAA